GCUGGUUUCAAAGUUGAAGCUUAGCUUAUUUGAAACCAUCUCUGUUUCUAUCCAUCUCUUCCUUAGCAUUAAAGUUUUUCAAGAGAGCAUCAAACUAUACAUAUUCUCCAAUAUUUUCAAGUAUUCUAUUUUUCUAAUUGGAAUUAUAAGAUUCCUGCCAAGAAUUAAACUUUACAUACAAGUAUUUUUCUCAUUUCUCAGUUCCUUUCUGGUAACAUGAACUGAUAUAUAAGCCAUUCAUACAUAUCUAGUUUUCACAUACCAAAGCAGAGAGAGAGAGAGAGAGAGAGAGAGAGCUUCAAAGUCAUCAUUCUUCAACUUUCUGCAUCAAUAAUCUCUUUUAAAUCAACAGCGAGUUAAGAUGGCGGGAAACGACUGGUUAAACGGUUAUCUCGAGGCGAUUCUGGAUGCAGGAAUUAAUACAAGGAAAACGAACGAUGGGAAGCAGAAGAUUGCCAAGUUUGAAGAGCAAGUCAAGGAGGAGAAGUUGUUUAGUCCCACAAAGUACUUCGUGGAAGAAGUAGUUAGCAGCUUUGAUGAGUCUGACCUCCACAGGACGUGGGUUAAGGUAGUAGCUACAAGGAAUACCCGUGAACGCAGCAAUAGGCUUGAGAAUAUGUGCUGGCGCAUUUGGCAUCUCGCUCGUAAGAAGAAACAGAUAGCAUGGGAUGAUGCUCGCAGACUUGCAAGACGACGUCUGGAGAGGGAGCAAGGCCGCCAUGAUGCUGCGGAGGACCUUUCAGAGCUGUCUGAAGGGGAGAAGGAAAAAGGUGACACCAAUUUUACAGAACCGCCUGUCAAGCAAAUUGCAAGAAUCAACUCAGAAAUGCGAUUGUGGUCUGAGGAUGACAACAAGACUAGGCAUCUUUACAUUGUCUUAAUCAGUAUGCAUGGGUUGGUUCGUGGAGAAAACAUGGAACUUGGAAGAGAUUCUGAUACAGGUGGUCAGGUGAAGUAUGUAGUGGAACUUGCUCGUGCUCUGGCCAAUACAAAAGGAGUCUAUAGAGUUGAUCUGUUAACAAGGCAAAUCACUUCACCGGAGGUAGACUCCAGCUACGGUGAACCUAAUGAGAUGCUCAUUUGCCCACCUGAUGGCAGCGGGAGCUGUGGAGCCUACAUUGUCCGCCUUCCAUGUGGACCCCGCGACAAGUACAUACCGAAAGAGUCACUAUGGCCUCACAUACCUGAAUUUAUUGACGGGGCUCUCGGCCACAUUGUGAACAUGGCAAGAGCUCUAGGCGAUGAGGUCAAUGGUGGGAAACCAACAUGGCCUUAUGUCAUCCACGGCCACUAUGCUGAUGCAGGGGAGGUGGCUGCUCAGUUGUCUGGUGCCUUGAAUGUGCCAAUGGUGCUGACGGGGCAUUCCCUAGGAAGAAACAAGUUUGAACAACUGCUCAAACAGGGGAGAUUGUCGAGGGAGGACAUCAAUGCAACCUACAAGAUUAUAAAGAGGAUCGAGGCUGAGGAGCUGGCUUUGGAUGCUGCUGAAAUGGUGGUGACUAGUACUAGGCAAGAGAUUGAAGAGCAGUGGGGACUGUAUGAUGGGUUCGAUCUCAAGUUGGAGAGGAAGCUCAGGGUUAGGAGACGCCGGGGAGUUAGUUGCCUUGGACGAUACAUGCCAAGAAUGGUGGUUAUACCGCCAGGCAUGGACUUCAGCUAUGUUACAGUGCAAGAUACUGAAGGAGAUGGAGAUCUCAAAUCCCUGAUUGGUUCUGACAGAGCUCAAAGCAAAAGGAAUCUCCCUCCAAUAUGGUCUGAGGUAAUGCGAUUUUUCACUAAUCCUCACAAGCCCACUAUACUUGCAUUGUCUCGUCCUGACCCAAAGAAAAAUGUCACUACAUUGCUGAAGGCCUUUGGGGAAUGCAAACCGCUUCGGGAGCUAGCCAACCUGGCACUGAUACUUGGUAACAGAGAUGACAUUGAAGAAAUGCCAAAUAGCAGUUCGGUUGUUCUAACAACUGUGCUCAAGCUGAUCGACAGGUAUGAUCUGUAUGGUCAAGUGGCCUAUCCUAAACAUCACAAGCAAUCAGAUGUCCCUGACAUAUAUCGUCUAGCUGCAAAAACAAAGAUUUCUAAAAGUGACACCCUAUGGGGAUUUCUUUUGAAGGGAGUGUUUAUCAACCCAGCUCUUGUGGAACCUUUCGGUCUCACCAUUAUAGAGGCAGCUGCUUAUGGUUUACCAGUGGUUGCCACCAGAAACGGAGGACCUGUGGACAUUCUGAAGGCACUAAACAAUGGCCUCCUAGUUGACCCACAUGACCAGAAGGCCAUAGAAGAAGCACUGCUGAAGCUUGUUGCAGAUAAAAACCUCUGGUUGGAAUGCAGAAAGAAUGGCCUGAAGAACAUCCACCGCUUUUCAUGGCCAGAACACUGCCGAAACUACCUCUCCCAUGUUGAACACUCCCGAAACCGCCACCCUACCACCCGCCUUCAGAUCGUACCAAUUCCUGAAGAACCAAUGAGUGACUCUCUAAAAGACGUGGAGGACCUUUCUUUGAGAUUCUCUGUAGACGGAGAUUUCAAGCAUAAUAGUGAGCUUGAUGCAGCAACUAGACAGAGGGAACUCAUUGAAGCUAUAACCAAAAUGGCUUCAUCCAAUAGCAAUGCUGGUGCUACUUACUGUCCUGGUAGGAGGCAGAGGCUGUUUGUAAUAGCCGUGGACUGUUAUGACCAGAAUGGAGAUGGUACUCAGACGUUUCAGGAAAUUAUAAUGAGUGUCAAGAAAGCAGCAAGCUUAGGAUUUGGCCAGGGUCGUGUAGGCUUCGUAUUGUUAACUAGUUCCAGCUUACAAGAAACCGUGAAGGCAUUUAAAGGGUGCCAAGUAAGCAUAGAAGAAUUUGAUGCGGUGGUCUGCAAAAGUGGCAGUGAAAUGUAUUACCCAUGGAGAGAUUUGGCAGCUGAUGCAGAUUUUGAAAGUCAUAUCGAGUACAGAUGGCCUGGAGAGAAUGUGAGGUCCAUGGUGCCAAGGCUGGCCAUUUUAGAAGGUGGGGCUGAGGAUGACAUCACGGAGUAUGGAGGAUCAAGUAGCUCAAGGUGCUACUCUUAUAAUGUGAAACCAGGAGCCAAGACUCGGCGAAUCGAUGACCUGCGCCAAAGGCUGCGGAUGCGAGGCUUCCGAUGCAACCUUUUCUACACUCGUGCAGCAUCAAGGUUAAAUGUUGUACCACUCUUUGCAUCAAGAGUACAAGCACUGAGAUAUCUUUCGGUCAGGUGGGGAACUGAUUUAUCCAAAGUGGUUAUGUUUGUGGGGGAAAAAGGAGAUACAGAUAAUGAAGACCUGCUGGCUGGUCUCCAUAAGACACUAGUUUUAAGAGGAUCCGUUGAGUAUGGCAGUGAGAAGCUUCUUCAUAGUGAAGAUGGUUUCAGAAGAGAUGAUGUAGUCCCACAAGAUAGCCCCAACAUUGCCCUUGUAGAGAGCUAUCAACCCCACGAUAUCUCAGCCACUCUUGAAGCUCUUAGGAUAAAGGGACUUUAGUUUUGCCUUUAUCUCCCCUAUACUAUUAUAUUAUAUUUCGAAAACUCGAGAAAGAACGAGUGCUACACAGAAGAGAAUAUACAUCUCAGCUUCUUGCAAGUAAUUUCAUUUAUAAAAACUAACGGAAGCUUUAUUUUUC